UGUACUACCCGGAAGUUUUUAGCGUCACCGGGCAAUUGGAAGAAUCGAUUUAUCCACAAAGUUUGAAAUGCAACGUGAAAAGAGUGUCAAAGCUAAAGAAGUGAUUGAAUCACUUUGUAAACUUCUAUAUUCACUAGGUUUGGAGUGUGUACCUUGUGCAGAAACGUUCAGACGGGCCAAGUUUAACAAAGGAGAGGAUGUGGUGGUGGAGUUCUGGAAGCUCCUUCAUAGUGUUCUUCUGAAAACACUGCUUCUGGAAUGUUCUUGCACAACACUUUCAGACUUGGACAGCCAUGUGAGAGAGGCACUCUGGCAGUGUGGUUACGGUGCCAGCUGGAUUGUUGUGACGACUGCCGGGCUCCGUCCCAGGAGUGAAGUUGGGAGCCGAGAGCUGCUGGUGGCGUUUGGGUGGGUGUUGUCUUCAGGGAGCCUGCUGGAGGCCCUGCUGAGAGCAAGGUCCCCGGAGCUGGAUAUCCUCUCACUACCACCCACGGUCUCACGGAGUAGCCCCAGAGAGGGAGGCUCCCUUGGGGAUGUGGAUGGCCAAGGAGGCCUGAAGGAAGACGGGCUCCUCAGGAGACUCCAAUGGCAGUAUGGGAAACUCAGGUUCCAGUGGCGGAGGUUGCUCUCCAUUCAAGAGGAAAGAGCUAGACUCCUUCACCAGGUCCUUUCCUCCAGCACAAUGCCCUCCACGUCCACCUCCCAGCCCUCUUCUGAUGACCAUCACAGCAUGUGCUCAACUGCCCUGAAAAAGGAGGUGGAGCGUCUACAGACUCUCAGUCAGCUGUUGGAAGCCUACCUGGAGUGGAAGAGACAGGAGCCACUCUUCUGGUGCUGGAUGGAUAGUGUUGUGGACAGCCAGCUCUCAGACCUGAGAGAGGAGGACACUGUAGAGAACAUGUCACCUGUACACCAAGUUGUCAAUAGGUGCUUUCCCUACGGUUACAAGGACAAUGAGGGUCUGGAACAACUGGACAACAUGCUGCUGAGGCUGCAGACAGGGCUGAAGGACACAUACACAAGACAGAACAGAAAAGCGCAGAGUGUUCUUCAAGACGUUGAGGAGUUGGAGGAGAUUGAGAGGAGAGUGUCUCUCAGGCUGCAUGGCUUGGCUGAGUCCUGUACUUCAACUCCUACAUCUGGUUGCUGUAGUUACAGGCCAAGUCUCCAGGGGCCACAGCCACUUCCCAACCACCACCAGCCUUGUAGGCCAGGGUCUGUGCUCCCACAAGCCUGUGAUGGGGCACUGCUGCCAGGCAAGGUGUCUGGGACAGGCACGGUGAUGGUCCAAGUCCAGGCCUCCUCACUGAUCGUCGAGCUGCAGCAGAGAGAGGGCUUCCUGCUGGGGGAACUGGGCCAGAUGAGGCAGGCGAAGCGGGGACAGAUCCAGGAGAAGACAGCCAGCUGGCUGGAGGGGGUUGGAGUUGUCCUCAUCCCUCCUCUCCCUCUCAAGAGAUAAACACUAACAGGAUGCUACUUCAGGGUGUCUGUGCGUGCAAGCGAGUGAACAGGAUGCUGUUCAGCUCGGUGGCUGACAGACUGUCUGUCCCCAGACUACUUUAAUAGAAAUAGAAUGACUAGAAGGUGCAAAGCUGCUCGGCAAUUUGUGGCUAUUUGUUCUAUUAGUUGUAUUUCUAUGGCUACGGCUACUGCUAAUAUAUUGUGAUGGAAUGGACUGCGUGUGAUAUAUUUCAAAUGACAUCUGAAAUGCACAUGAAUCAGUUGAAAGCAAGAUAUGUUUGUGUGUGUGUGUUGAUGUAAUCCACUGUGGGAGAGAACAUAAACACCUGUGUGGGCUGGCUGUUAA